AUUCCCAUGGAUCUUGUUACCGGAGGCUCCUCGACAUCUGCUGCCGGGGUAACAACACUUCUCGCCCCCUAUCUCCUGCCAUCUUCCCAGGACCACCGAGCUUCUCCCCUGUCCCCCCCCCCACCGGUGAUGGUGACGAUGACGAGGUGGGGUAACCGUACAUGCUUCCUCCACGCGUACCGGCUCUAGCUCACCUCGCCGCGGACGCGCCUCCGCCUCCUGCCGCUGUUCCAUCCAGUCCAGGAGCGCGGUACCGUCGAGCGGAGCACUUGUGGGUUUUUUUUUUGUCCGCGGACUGUUUGGCUGCUGGGGGGGCCUUCGCAUCCCCUUCUUCGCCACGGGAGGACACGCGAGGGCGGAUGUAAACAAGUCUUAUUUCUUCGUUGAAGAACCGAGAGCAUGGAGUCGGUGGAGAAGGAGUGCGGGGCGCUGGGUGGAUUAUUCCAGGCUAUCGUCAACGAUAUGAAGAGCUCUUACCCGGCGUGGGAAGACUUCAGUGCCAAGGCCACAAAAUUGCAUUCUCAACUCAGGACUACAAUUCUGGCAGCCGUGGCCUUUUUAGAUGCUUUUCAAAAGGUAGCAGACAUGGCGACUAAUUCAAGAGGUGCCACCAGAGAUAUUGGCUCCGCCCUGACUAGGAUGUGCAUGCGACAUCGCAGCAUUGAGGCUAAAUUACGCCACUUUACCAAUGCUCUAAUGGAAGGCCUGGUCACGCCACUUCAGGACAAAAUAGAAGAAUGGAAAAAGACCGCUAAUCAGCUGGACAAGGACCAUGCCAAAGAAUAUAAACGGGCUCGUCAAGAAAUUAAACGGAAGUCAUUGGAUACCAUCAAACUUCAGAAAAAGGCAAGAAAAGGGCGGGGUAACCUGCGCCCACAGCUGGACAGUGCCAUGCAGGACGUCAGCGAUCUGUACCUGCUCAUGGAAGAGACGGAGAAGCAGGCUGUGCGCAGAGCCCUAAUGGAAGAGAGAGGGCGCUAUUGUGCAUUCAUUAACUUGCUGCAGCCCGUUGUGAAUGUUGAGAUAGCCAUGCUGGGAGAAACAACACACUUACAGGCCAUUGUCGAUGACCUCACAGUGCUAACUGAAGACCCGCACAAACUCCCUCCAGCCAGUGAACAGGUGAUCCGGGACCUAAAAGGCUCCGACUUUACCUGGUCCUAUCAGACACCUCCUUCCUCCCCCAGCAGCAUCAGCUCCAGAAAGAGCAGCAUGUGCAGUCUUCUCCAGAUGCCUUCUGCGGGAGCGCAUCGGCUCAGCAGCGUCUCCUCUCACGACUCAGGAUUUGUCUCCCAGGACGCCAACACCCACUCCAAGCCGCCUUCCCCCAUGCCCUCUGACUUCACCAGCCAGAAAUCAACGAGCUCCGCCUCCUCUGAGGCAUCAGAAACCUGCCAGUCUGUCAGCGAGUGCAACUCCCCCACAGCGUUUGGCUCAUGCUCAUCCUUCGGCACCUUCCGCCCUGCUUUCUCACACACUGGCACCAUCAGGCCUCUGUCUGUCAUACUUCCUGCGUCCCCCACAUUUAACCACUCCCCCGGAGCCAACACCCCCCCACCCACAUCAAAGGUCCCUAGCUGGAAGGAGUGGGCCAAAUCAAACCAGUGUGAGCCGUCGUUGGCCAGCACUUUGCAGCGCAGGAGAGAGUCCAUGGAUAAGAUGAGGGAGCUGGAAGCUCCGCCCAGUCCGAAGGUGUAUGGGAUGCAGGCAGAGGACACAAACAGAGCGAGAAUUGGCCCAGCUAGCAUUAUAGCAAAGCACGGAGAGCCUCUGUCGCCAGCAGCCAGUACUCUCGCCAUGGUUUUGACCAGAGGCCUAAGUAUGGAGCAGCAGAAAAGCAGCAGGGAUUCGCUCCAGUAUUCCAGUGGUUACAGCACGCAGACCAACACUCCCUCCUGCUCGGAGGACACCAUCCCCUCCCAGGGCUCCGAUUAUGAGUGUUACUCUCUUAAUGGGGACGCAGACACCGAGGCGCAGACAGAGUUCGACAAGUCUUCCACCAUCCCGCGCCACAGCAACAUUGCCCAAAGCUACCGCCGCAUGAUCCAAACCAAGAGGCCUGCCAGCACAGCAGGACUCCCGGCCGGUAAAACCCUGCAGGGAGUGCCAAACGGAAGCAACACGGGUGCAAUCACUUCCGGAACGGCCACAAUUCGGCGGACGCCGUCCUCCAAAACCGGGGUUAGACGCACUCCUUCCACGUCGGGGCCCAUACCCAUUCGCCCCCCCAUCGUGCCAGUCAAAACCCCGACGGUGCCCGACUCCCCGGGGUACGGCAGCCCGUCGCAGCAUCGAGCAGGGAGUGAAGAGUUCCUCUACCCGGAUGAAUACAUGAUGGCGUCUCCUCAGCAAAGAAACCUCCCCGACGCGGCUUGGGCUUGCGGGGGAGGAGAUAGGACUGCUUACGCCCAACAGGACCCCGGCAGUGCCGAGGAAGACCCCCUGCUGGCUGCCAACCGCCACAGCCUGGUGGAGAAGAUAGGAGAGCUGGCAGCCAGCGCCCAGGCCUUAGGCGAGGGUCAGUUCCCCUUCCCCAGCUCAUCACCAUCAGGUCAUUCUACCCAGGAGCCAUCUUCGGGGCCCCAAGAAGGGCUGGACAUGCUGGUGACCAUACGGCGGGGCGUGAAGCUCCGCAAGACGGUGACCGACGACAGGUCGGCUCCCAGGAUCCUGCGGUAGCUGAGGAGGAAGCAGCCCUUAAACACAAAACUGCGGAAUAUGACAGCGCUCAUGAAUACAUGAAUUAUGGAAAAAAGCACAACGAGUGACUUUUCCUCCAUCAUUUCAUGGUGUUAAAUAACCCUUUUUUUUUUUUUUGGUAUGAAUUGUUGUUUUUGUCUGAGGCUGUCGAUCUCUGCUCCUCAUGUCAUCUUUUUUUUCCUCCCGUUUAGUUCCUGCAGCGCCACCGAUCACAGAUCCUCACCGAGUCACAGAAAGCUCCUCGUGUCUAUUUUCUUCUUGCUCUUAUGAUUAAUAUAAUAUUUUCUAUCAACAAGCCAUCCGUCUUUGGAAAGCGAUGGUUAAAGUGCUCUGUGAGCCCCUCCACGUGUGUAGUGUGUGUCCCGAGGUCUAUUAUGACUGUUUUGUUUCAUAAGCUGAGAAGCAGCAGCGAUUCGCGUAUAAUAGGAGCAACAUGGCAGUGUUUUUAUCGCUGUACUGUACUGUCAAUAUAUUCUGCAAUUAAACACGCUUUUUGGAGUUAA